UGAUAGGACUUGCACUUUGGCUACAUAUUUUUUUCUUCCAGCAGCCCUGUGGAUGGGUCAUUAAUGUGCCCAUUGUAUUAAUGAGGAAAGACUAAGACUCACCAAAGUCCCCAAAGUUUCAAUGUUCUGACUUGGUCUAAGAUGAAGGUAUGGAAGUUUGCAGCCAUAGCAUCGAUGCUCUUCAGUUCCAUGUUGUCCAUUUUGGUUUGUAGAGACUUCUUCAGUGGGAGCCAGACAUUCACCUUUCCUUCCUCACCGCCAUCCUCGAGAGCCUCCUCAUCUCCCGCGCUUCCUGGAGGUCACAGAAGACACCCACGAGCUCUGGAACGCCGCAGUUCCCUGAUCUCCCAGUAUAGCACGUUGUUCGAGAGCUACACAGAGGGAGAAAUCCACCAACUGAUCUCCACACUGAUUGAGAGAUACAGCCAGUCCAUGAACUCGGGGGCUCACGAGCUGCUGCUCUUUGGCAGGGGCGGCAACCGGAUGAAGCGCGCCAAGGCCCGUCAUAAGCCCUGCUCCCUCAAGGAGCUGGAGGUGACGGUCAGCGAGUUGGGUCUGGGAUACAAGUCCGAUGAGACCGUCCUCUUCCGCUACUGCAGCGGGACCUGCGACGCGGCCGUGCGGAACUACGACCUUUCCCUGAAGAACAUGAGGAGCAUGCGGAAGAUCAAGAAAGAGAAAGUGAGGGCCCGGCCUUGCUGCCGGCCCCUGGCGUAUGACGAUGACGUCUCCUUCUUGGACACAGGCAACCGCUACUACACGGUGAAUGAGGUGUCGGCCAAAGAAUGUGGCUGCGUGUGAAAGCGGGCCGGAAGGAGGGAAAAGGAGAAUCUGGUGGUCCAGCAAGCAGUGCCCGGAGGCUGCUGAUGCGAGGGGGUUCUCCAAAGGUGAAAGAGGAGGAACGGGGAACGGAGAGAAGGAGGACGGUGAGACCCCCAUGCUCGGAACAGCCAAGGACACAACUGGGUUGAAGUCUACCUCAGUAUCAGUGAUGGGCCAACAGCCAAACUUAGGACUGCCAGGUGUGUGUUAGGGCUCACUUAUCGGUGGGAUGUCAAAUGGAGCCGGAGCGGCCUAUUAUUGUGUGGCCUGUUCCUGCCAGUUGAGCUUUCUUGGAAGGAGUUGCCUUCACGUGCAACAGUGGAAAGAGAUCGGUUUCGGACUCCAGGCAAAUAUCUGCUGCUCCAGCUUUGAUAAGAACGGGGUGUGUGUCCCUGAUGCAUGGGCAGUCUGUCAGGAGGAUGGGGCCAGCCUGUUCGUUUUAAAGCAAAGAACGAGAGAAAGGAGCAUGUGAUCGUCUAGAGAGAUUGUCCGGGUAGCAUCUACAAGCAGCCGUACGUCACCUGCUUCAGGGAACCCUGCGACUGCGGUUCGAAUAAUUCCAUUUGGGCAGUUUCGAAGCAGGGGAGAACUUCAAGCAAGGUGAGCCCUGUGGAUAAAUAGCUCAUGGAUCAAGGAACUUUGCCCUUGUACCGUAAGGCUGA